UUUUUGAUAAAUAAAAAAGUUCAGAAGAACAGCAAUCUAAAAUAGAAAUAUUUUGUAAUGUGAGUAUCUUUAUCACUUUUGAUCAGUUUAAAGGAUCCUUACUAAAUAGUGUUAAUUGAUAUAAAAUCCCCCCCCAAAAAAAAACAAGCAAACAAAGCGUUUUAUUUCAGAUAAAUGCUGAUCUUUGGUCUUUCUGUUCAUCAAAGAAUCGUGAAAAGAUGUACUUAACUGUUUUAAAUAUUAAUGAGGAUAAUUAUAAUAAUAAUAAAUGUUUCUUAAACAACAAAUCAGCAUAUUAGAAUGACUUAUGAAGGAUCAUGUGACACUUUAGACUGGAGUAAUGAUGCUGAAAAUGUAGCUUUGAUCACAGGAAUAAAUUACAUAUUAAAAUAUGUUCAAAUAUAAAAUAGGUAUUUUAAAUAGUAAAAAUUUUGUUUUUGCUGUACUUUAGAUCAAUGCAGGCUUGGUGAGCACAAAAGACAAACAUUAAUAAUCUUACUGUUCAAAAACAUUUGACUGGUAGUGUACUUUCAUUAUUUUUAUUGCGUAAAAAACAAAAUGUCUGAAAAUGAGUUCCAAACUGGCCAGUACUUUAUAGUGCCAGGAAAAUGUUUAUGUACCUUGCCACAAAAGAAAGAUUAGUUUUAAUUUUUAGCACUGUAUUUUCUAAAAGCUUUACAUUUUUAAUUAGAAAUGUUUUCUAUAUACAAUUUUUAUUUGAUUUUUUUUUUCCACUUGUAAAUUAAUCUGCUAAAAUUACACACUUUUGCUGGAAAACAAAGGCAUAUGGUGCAAAAAGUUUUCAGUUUUUGCAAAUUUGACACCACCUCAUCUAUGUUAGCCAACUAGAUAACACUAUCAUGUUGGCAAAUCAGCAGUUUGUAACAAUGUACAAUGUGAUGAUCAUGGUGUCAAGUCUUUGGAAGCUGUAAAUGCAUUUAGCUAGUAAAUGAAAUCUUGAUGCUUAUAUAUUUUCUUUGUUUUUUGAAAGUUUAUUGAAAUAGUUGGAGAGACGAAUUCUGAUCAUAAAGACAACAAAUGUUUUCUAUUGAUUAAUGGGUGUAUGAGGUGUUUUAUGAAUGCACAUGUUCUAUUGGUAAUUAGUGAUCAUUCUUUUUUGGCUUUAUUAUUUUCACCCACUUAGAGUGUCCCAAUAUUAUAUAUUUUAGCCAGCUCUCUAACCUCACACCCCUAUUUGAUUCAUUGCCAUCUAUAACUUUCUAAGCUGCUCUAUCAGCUGCUUUCUCUCGCCUUAUAAACAGUCCUCUCUCUCUUUUCUGGCUUUGCAACUGUAACUCCCACGCUCUUAAUGUCAUUAACAGGUGCUUGUCCAAAAUAGAACCCUUGCCCAUACACACACACACACCCACAUACAAACAUCCGUGGAUCAGCUGACAUACACUCGACUUUGUUUCCCCACAGACGUACGAAACUCACACUGACAUACACUGAAAACUGUAAAAUCUGUCUAUGCGCAGAUAAAUACCCUUGCUUGAAUUAUCUACUUGGCGAUUAAGCUGUCAUACAUUCGUACUGUCAUACAGCUUGAUUUUAUGAGCCCCAGUCCCAUUUUUCUCCACCCUCGUCUCUCUUUUUCUCUCUCGCUCUCUUUACGUCCCUCCUUCUCCUGCUCUCUCAGCUGAGUUUCAUGUAUCUAGUCAUCAGAUCUGCACUCACACAGAACAGGUUCAUCAAACGGAGGAAUGCAUCAUCUUUUCACGGCUCUUUAAGGCCUCAAUCCGAUGUCUCUCAUCAAGUCGUUCUUUUCAUCUACUCGUUAUUCCUGUCUAGUUUGUUAUCAAACCUUCUCGCAUUUGUAGACGUCAGUUAAUUCCCACUCUACGCUCUUCAGAAAUGACCCCCUGUCACUUGAAUUUCUUGCGAGCUGGAUUCCUUUUAAAUCACAGGACAUUGUAAUUCACUAUCAUUUCCUGUUCCUUUUUGAGCGUUCUAAUAAUACACUUCCCUUCGUUCUUUUUAUCUAUCCGUGUGCCUAACACCAGACUAAUCUCUCUAGUCUCCUUUUUUUUGCUUUAGUCUUUUCCGUCCCCUUUCUUUGCUUCUGGGAGUUUUCACCGCUCAUCUCCAAGCAUUGUGGCUGCCAUGUGGUCCAACUUUUUUUUGCAGCAGGAUGAGGAUGGGAGAGUGGGUGCGGCGGCUUUGGGUGGAGUCGGCAGUAAGAGCGGGCGUUCAGGUAAACGAGCGAGGCCCCCUCGAAUGAGCGACAGCCAGGAGGGAAAGAUCAAGCUGGCAUUUUUCGUCGCCCUGAUAGGCGUCACUCUGACGGUGCUUGGCAUGGGUACAGAGUUCUGGGUGGAGCUAUCCCAGCCAAAACACUUCAGGAACAACCAGACGUGUGAGAUGGCACAUUAUGGCCUUUGGAAAUCAUGCGUUCGCACGCUAUGGGUGUCGGAUAUUGACCCAGAGAGAGAGAGCUGUGGACCUGCAGAACUGCCUGGAGAAUCGAACUGCACAUUCUUUAAAUUAUACACCUCUGGAGAGAAUGCGGUCAUAUUUAAGAAAACAACAGAAAAAAGUUUGCAUAUAGCAGGUGCAAUGUUGGCUUUGUUGAGUUUGUUUCUGAUGAUCAUGGGCUCUGUGUGUAUCACUAUGUCUCUCAGUAAGAGUGUGCCCUUCUUCCUCAAGCCUGCUACCAUCUGCUUCGUCUUCUCAGGUAUCCUGGUCCUCUUGUCCAUCAUAGUUUUCCACCAGUCUGUACUGGCGUUAUUGGCAAGCGAUCACAGUAUCCCUCUCCAUCACGAGUUGUCCUGGUCAGUGGCAUGUCUUGGCUCGGCUGGGGCCAUUCUCAUUUUUGGAGGGCUUAUGUUCCUGUUGCUUUCCCUCCCAUACAACCCUCUGGAGAAAUGUUUUCGUCAGCAGACCAGUAGUGAUGCCUAGCUGUCAGGGGGACUGCCUGUGAGUUAAGUAGCACAAGAUCUUUUAUAGUCUUAUGCUGCUUGCGGAGAUUAUCAGAUGUUGUAAAGGACUCUCAAAAGCUAAUGUUUAUAAUGUUUUGCAACAACUGGCAUUAGUUUGCUUAUCAAUAAGAUUAGACCUUAACACUCAUACACCGACUCUGAAAUCUGAACUGAUAUUUCUAUGAUGGUUAUGUACAUAAAAUCAGUGACCAACAGAUCUGUUUACUGUCUUUAAAGGCUUCAUUUACACAACGUGCUGUGCUAUUAUGCGUUGUCCCUGUAUUUGCAUUUGUAUAAGAAACCUUGUUUGAUUACUAGGCAUAUAAAACUUUUAUCAGGUAUCUGUGGGUAGAAAGUGUAAAUUAUUAUUUUAUUUUAUGUUUUUGAAAAAUAAGCCAUCCUUUAAAUGCUAAAGGCCCAUUCACACCAAGAAAGAUAACUAUAUUAGUGUCAUAUAACAUUCUGUUUAUUAUAAGAGCACACUGCAGUUUUUUCAUCUGCCUCUUUAAAUGCUUGAGCUUUUUAAAGUUGAGUGGAUUUUGAUUGGCUGUCAGUGCUUUUAUCAUUCAUCAACUAGAAAUAAAAUCAUUCUGAAAAUGAUUCCAGCAAUAUUGUUUCUCUGUGGCAUUAUCAUUAUAGCUAUGGUGCAGUUAGGAUGAUUAUUAAAACUUCAGGCUAUUUUUACUAUUAUAGUUAUCGUCCUUGGUGCAAACAGGCUUUCAGAACAGGGCUGAGUAAAAAAAAAAAAAUAUAUAGAUUUCUCGAUUUUAAUCGAUUCUCAUUUUUACAAAACGAUUCUUAAAUCCCAAAAAUCGAUUAGUCAACCUGUUUUCAGUUAACGGAAAGUUGAAGGGAACAUUGUAGUGAUAAAUGUAGUGUCAAUAAAUCGCAAAGAGCUCAGAUUUCAAAUUUUCUGCAUGUUAUUACAGUAUUAAAACAAUAAAUGCCAUUUUGGCACUGUUUAAUGUGGAG